AUUGCAAUGCUUGUGCUGCCGUGCUGUUCGCUAACGUUAGCCAACGCAACGUUAAAUGUUAGCUUGGAGUGUUUCACGAUAAGUAACUACGUUGAAGCAAUUUAUAAUCAUUCUUAUCGUUAUUAUAACACUACAAUUCACGUAGCCAUGAUUCCUGUUUUGCAUUUUACCGAACUGAAAAGACAAGUUUAUGGAAUUUAUUUGAACAUUUUUGUACAGGCUCUAAACCGGCCACCUAAUGUUUGGGGGAAGGCGUGGUUAUUACAAAAAUGGUUUACGCUCGGUUGCAAGUGGGUUUUUAGAGAAAUUGGCAGACGUGGUAUGUUUGUAAAACCAGAGAAUGCUAAUGUUAACCCAGUACAUUAACUUUAAUUGGGUUUCCAACAAUUUGGAAUCAUCAAACAAUAUCAGAUUAAGCGGCGCAUUUGGUCUUGGUUUGUCAACAGCCUCAAAUUACAGGACAUGACGGUUACUGUUGUAAACGUUACAGCAAAUAAUGUAAAAUAAAACAACUUGGGGUUUCUUCUUAUUUUAUGUUUACCCUGAUUAUGGACUAUUGUGACGUUUAGAGGUGUGACGCCUAUGACGAUGUGAGCACGUGCCCAGUAGCUUCUGUUGUUUUUCUUCCGUCAACAUCCAGUGAGUUCAAAACAUUGCCUUUUUCGAAACGUGGACAUGUAAAAAUCUGUGAUCUUCCAAACUCGACUGUGGAACAUGAAACGGAACAGGCAUCCAAGCAGCAGUGAUGACUCUGACACUGGCAGGAGACCCAGGGCCAGUAAACAAGUGUCCAGGCAGGAGGAAGUGAGCAGCACUCAGACAGAGAGACAGAGAGUGUGUAGACUCAGACAGCGAGUGUGGACUUUUACGGACAUUGUGCCAGGUCAGACAGGCACGUCGACAUCCUGGUCGCAGCACUCCAAAUCUCAGACCCGGAGAUCCAAGGGAAAGAAGCCAUCUGAGGUUUUCAGGACAGACCUGAUCACAGCCAUGAAGCUGCACGACUCGUACCAGCUGAACGCGGAGGACUACUACGUGCUGGCCGACCCCUGGAGGCAGGAGUGGGAGAAGGGGGUCCAGGUUCCGGUCAGCCCCAACUCCAUCCCCGGGCCCGCCGUCUGCACGGUGGCGGAGCGGCCCUCAGCGGUCAUGUUCUCGCGGCCCAAGAAGAUGAUCCGCUCGUCAGGGCUGGAGCCGCCGGUGCUGGGAUACGUCCCCAUCCGCACGCUGGCCGAGGGCGUCUGCCGCUACGACCUGGACGAGGAGGACGUGGCCUGGCUGCACUACGCCAACAAAGAGUUCGGCCUGAUGGGGACGCAGCCGAUGGACGAGCUGACCAUGGAGCGGGUCAUGGAGGAGUUUGAGCGCAGUUGCUACGACAACCUGAGCCACGCCAUGGAGACGGAAGAGGGCCUGGGCAUCGAGUACGACGAGGACGUGGUGUGUGACGUGUGCCAGUCGCCCGACGGAGAAGACGGCAACGAGAUGGUGUUCUGUGACAAGUGCAACAUCUGCGUCCACCAGGCCUGUUAUGGCAUACUGAAAGUGCCAGAGGGGAGUUGGCUAUGCCGCAUCUGUGCCCUGGGCAUCCUCCCGAGAUGCCAACUCUGCCCGAAGAAGGGCGGCGCCAUGAAGCCCACACGCAGCGGCACCAAGUGGGUCCACGUGAGCUGCGCCCUUUGGGUACCGGAGGUGAGCAUAGGGAACCCAGAGAAGAUGGAGCCCAUCACCAACAUCUCCCACAUCCCCAGUAACCGCUGGGCUCUCAGCUGCUGCCUCUGCAAGGAGCGCUCGGGCGCCUGCAUACAGUGUUCUGCCAAGAGCUGCCGGACGGCAUUCCACGUGACGUGCGGUCAGCACGCCGGCCUGAAGAUGAGCACCAUCCUCACGGAGUCCGACGAGGUCAAGUUCAAGUCCUUCUGCCCGCUACACUCAGGACUCAAGACGGCGGCGGAGGAGGAGGAGGGAGCGCCAGACGCGGUGACGGUGAAGGAGGAGCGGGAGGAGGACAGCGGCCGGCGGAGUAGCCGGAAGGUCAGGGAGCGUCCGGCGGCGGACGGCGUCCGCGUGAGCGAGCGCAAGCAGCGGCUGCAGCAGCUGGAGGACGACUUCUUCCGCUUCGUCUCCGUGGGCGACGUGGCCAAGCGCCUGGGGCUGCCGGCCGACACGGUGGACUUUGCGUUCCAGUACUGGAAGCUGAAGCGGCGGGUCAACUUCAACCGGCCGCUCGUCACGCCCAAGCGCGAGGAGGAGGAGAGCCUGGCGCGCCGCGAACAGGAAGUGCUUCUCCGCCGCCUCCGCCUCUUCACCCACCUGCGCCAGGACCUAGAGCGGGUGCGUAAUCUAACCUACAUGGUGACGCGGAGAGAGAAGAUUAAGCGGUCAGUAUGCCGAGUCCAGGAGCAGAUCUUCCAACAGCACAUCAAACUGCUGGAGCAGGGACGCUUCACUGGCUUGUCCACGACGAGACGUCUGUCCGAGGCUUGGUUCUACUUCCGAGAUGCCCCCAGCGUGCCUUACCCGUCUCCGCGGGCCCUGAAGGGCCACCCUGCCCUCAACACGCCCCUGGCCCCCGGCAGCUCCGCCCCGACGGGCCCCCCCAGCUCCCCAGCGUGGAGGGGUCCCCUCCAGAGCCCCGCAGCCCGAGAGCCCCUCCAAGCCUCCCAAGACCAACGGCUUUCUUCCAGCCAAGACGCCGCGGCCCAACGGCGUGCUUCCGUCCCAGCUGACGCGGGCCAACGGCCUCCUGCCGGGCAGGGUUGCCAAGGGGACGGGCGAAGGCUCAGACCGGGCGCCGGCGGACACUCGUCGGGUCACUCGGGGCGACGCCACCAGGGCGGCCACGGCAAAGCCUCCCGCCGAGCCUCGGGAGAGGAGGGAGAACGCCACCGUGGUCUCCACGGAAACGUGCGUGCGCGUCGGGGAGCUGGGCCUCCCCCACACGCCCCCCAACCUCAACCCCACCCUCAGGCUGACCCCAGUGGCCAUCCCCCCCCACGCCCAGAUCUACAACAUGGAGGACCGCAGGAGACGACCACGGGAACCGUCGCCGCCGGCCCGACCCAAACUCCGAACCGGGUCCAAGCUCUCUCAGGACACGCGACAGAGGCCGGCUGAGGCCGACGCCAUAGAGUCCGUCUCUGUGGAAACCAAGUACAACGGCAUUCUCAGGAGGUCCGCAUCUGGCCAGGACAGCUCGUCGUCAUCG